AUGGUAUUAUGACAAUCCAUUUUGUUUACUCUGAGAUGCUUUUGGUUCUUUGUUUCUGUCUUUGUUGGAGGCAACAAUGAUUAUUUCUCAGGCUAUGUGUGAUAAAGGUAAUCAAGUCAUAAGCAAAAUUUACACUGACCUGAGCGUUUAAAACCCACUUCAAAAAAACUGAAGGUAAACUGUAGGAGUGUGAGAGCUACUAAAUCCUCAGUAAGAAUUUAAUUUACUAGUAUGUUGGCAGAGCUACUGUGUAAAGAUACUUCCCAGUCAUGAUGAGAGCAGUGUGGCGGUCUGUAUGUUCCUCCAACUCAAGAUGGUGAUUUCAACAUCUUAAAUGAUAUAUUUGGUUAAACCAAAUGCUGAACAUUUGCCGCAUUCUACAUUGCUGUCCUAUAUUUUUUGUAUAAGGAAAAACUGGGUUACAGGCUGUUGGGCUGACAGGUGAAUUAAAAUGUCACUUUUCAAUCUGAGAAAACUAAAUUGGCUUUUUUUUUGUGCCAUUUUCUGCUAUGCACCAGACCAAAUAGCAAAACUGAAUUAUUCAUUGAUGUAGACUUUGUUGAAACAUUUGUGACCUUUUUCAAAUAGUUCAAUGGUCUUAUUUAUUGCACCUUCACAGGUAGCCUAUUAGAUUAAUACAUGUUUGGAUUCUGACAGUGUACAGCCUAGCUCCCAUAGCGUCCUUUGGCUGCUGCUCUCUGCUGGAGUGUUUUGACUCAAGGUGAUGGUCUCAGGUUACAGAGCAUUAAGACAGAUUUCACAAACCAGCCACUGUAUCUGCCUCCCUCUUAGUUCACUGUUUACUGGCAUGUGAGUCAUGCAAGAGCUAGUACAAAUCCUGGGUGAAAAAACGUUUAAAAUAUCAAGCGGGUUAAUGCUAGAAAUCAACUUGAUCUGACACUUUGGCACAUACUUGAAAAUGCAAGGCCUGUUUAUUAUUUGAGCCUGUAGAGAAUCCCAGCUGCACAUGCUGUUGAAGGUUUCAAAAACUUUCCACUUUAAAGUAUGCCUUGGUUGUGGAGUGGUGUGUUGGUCAUAUAUCAAGUAGAUUUUGUUUGGCACUCAUGUCUGGGAGGGUGUUAUGUAGUCAGCUGAAUUUUCAAAAGCCUGCCCAGCUCUCCGUUAUGUUUAAUUAGGUUGGGCACUACAUGUGUGGCAUGUGUGUAUCCGCAUGCGUAUGUGUAUUGCUGGGAUUUUCCUGCUGAAUUUUCAGCAUAUUUGCCACCCUGUUGAAGCCAGAGUCCAUUAGCCAGCUAUUCCUGUUUGGGAGUGACCUCAAUGUUUGGGUAUUUGUUCCUGUGUUGAACAGGUACCACAGAGUAUCCUUUUACUCUCAGCAGAAGGACUUCUUGUCCUGUUCUUGUGUUUUAAUGGAAAUAAACAACUGUCAGCUCAACAUUUCUGUUUGCAAAACUACAAAUCAAUAUCCCACCUUCACCUUGAGCUUUUUUCAGUGUGCUGCACUGGCUGGGAUGUGAGCAGCUUCUACAUUAAGUGUUGUCAAAUACAUGUUCAAUGAUACAAAACCUUUCUGUGGCUGUUACUCUGAGCUGACAUGUCAUCUGAUGUGUCUCUGAGGCAGCUGUUCAAAGUGUUGGAUUAUGAUGGGUCAAGGCAACUGCACAGUUUUCAUUUUACUUCUUGUUGUUUCCCUGCAUACUGUUUUAUGUGUUUUGUGGAUUGAACAGGUCAUAUUAGGUGAUGAAAAUAUUAAUACGAGAAUUUAUUUUAUUUUAUUUAUUUAAUUUAAUUAUAUAUAUAUAUAUAUAUAUAUAUAUAUAUAUAUAUAUAUAUAUUAUUUUUUUUUUUUUUUUUUUUUUUUGUUUGUUUGUUUUAAUUUAUUUAUUUAUUUAUUUUUUUUUGGGGGGGGGCUGUAUGAGUAUAGCUGAGUUAAGUUUAUCACCUGUUUUUCUCUGAUCUGUGAGUAGUGAGUGAGUGCUCCUUGUCGUUUGUUAUUGAAUCUGCCAGUAUGAAUAACAUUAAGUACAGCUGUGGUCUAACUUCAGGUGAGUGUGUCAGUGAAAGCUAAGCCAGACUCUGAUUUAAUAACACCCCUCAUAUACGCAGUGCAUAUUUGUCAACUCCCUUGUGAUAGGUUUAAGGAUGUGCCUGAAGUGCCAGCUCAUUCAAUAUUUCUUGACGUGUUCGUAAUGACUUAAAUACAGGCUUUGCUGCCUCCUGACUGCUAGUUUACAUCCACCUUCAACCUUCCCUGCUGAUCAAGGACGUCAUGAUGAGUGUUUGCCUUCCACAAGCUUAGAUUUGCUGAUCCUUGUGAAGCUAUACUAAAUAUACUGUCUGGCUGUCAUUGUGCCGAAGUGGUCUUGUUCAGGUGCUCCUCUCAACCAGUAUUUAAGUCAAAUCUCAGGGUACCUUGGUUUGUGCUUGUGUUUAAGUGUGUUGAGCUGGAAACCAACAACAUUUGAAAAAUAUUUGUAGAGCAAAACAGUAUUUGACUGUUUUCCUUGUAACCUUUUGUCUCAGAAUUGGUUAGAUACAGUGUUAGAAUAUCUCAAGGUCCUCUCAGUAUGAAGGUUGGUAUUUUCUUGUAUACAGUGGUUUCCUAGAAAAGAGUGACAAGCCAUAAACAGCACAGAAUAAAAAAUAAUGAUUGAAAUCCUGUGCAAAAAUAACAUGAGAUAUUUUAGCAACCAGAAGGGAUCUAAUAAGGUGUACAUUUUACACCCCAAACUUAAGGGACAUACAAUCACAUCUAAUAUAGAUACUGCUUAUAAUUACAGAAAUAUAGAUGUAAUCAAAUUCAAGUUCAUUUACAAAGUUGAGUUUGUACAUAUUCCUUUGUUCAGCUACAAAAAAGUAAUACAUGUCAGGCCUGGGCUUUAUUUUGAAAAAUCGUCUUCUUUCUCAGUAGAUAGAGUGACAAACAAAUAGGCUAUGAAAACCUCUCUCUACUAUCAGUGAACAGACAAAAACACAGAAACAAAAUAAACCAAGACAGAACAAAAAUUCACUCCAAAAAGGAGGACAAAUUAAUAGGCUGAUCUUCUCUAAUCUUCAGAGGAAUAACUAUGAAAAUUUAUAAACAAAAACACUCCAAAAAGGAGGGAAACAAAAAGGCUACAAACUUAACUACACUGCAUUACUACGCAAAAGAAAACGGUAAGAAAACAAAGUCACUCCAAAAGGGAGGAAAAAACAGCAAGGCUAUGAAAAAAAUGCUAGAUCUAGAAACUUGACUGGAAAAACUACAACAGAAAAUCGAUCUUCUAAAGAGGAAACAUGGAUUAUCCAAAAUCCAAACGUGGUAAUCUGGCAAGGCUGUGGACAUGAAGGCUGGAGGCACACAAAUAAACGACACUCUGGCACAGGACAAAGGGAGACGCCAACUUUAAGACACAUGAGGUCAAUGGGGAACAGGUGGACACAAUCAGGGAUCAGGGGAGACGUCAGACCGUCAGAAAAUGACAAGACUGAAAAACCAGGACAAGACACCCCUCACCGUGUUGUGGCAAUACAAUUUAUACAACAAUAAAAUUUCUUCUGGGAAAUGUCAUCGAGGCUACUGCCAGGAUGUGUACCUUAGUCUGGAUCAAACAGCUGGACCUUGGCCCCCAAAAAAUCCCCAAUAUAACAUUACUGCCUCGUUGCAUUUGCCCUGUGGCCCUAAUUAAAGUAAUACAAAGAUAACUUUAGAAUGCUGGUUUAUGAUAUGGCUCAUAGUUGCUUGAGAUGAUGCUUCUGGUGUGAUUUAGAUUCGUAGAUGUAUUUCACAACUGAAGCAAAAAGUGUACAAAAGUAGCGUUGACAUGUUAUGUCUUGACUUCUUGACUAUUACAGAAGCUUAACUUCCAUAAGAAAGUCUGUUUUGACAGGAGAGACAUUACCCUGCCUGGUAUGAGACACUACUUUGUGCUGUCCAUUGUUCUGGUUUCACAUUGCACAACUUGGGUGUCAGAGUUGCUUGUUUGCUGCAUUAUUAGAUUUCCUCAGCUUAACAAAAUGGUUCAGCUUGUCUGACACUAUCUGUUUUUCCUGGUCAUGAUUGGUCCUUCUCAGGGAAGUAUUUUCAGUGAAUAGAUAAACUGAUCGGCUGACUGAGAACCGCAGCUCAUGAGAGUGCAUAAUCAAGAGAAACAUGAUAGUGGGGGAAUCUUUUCUGCAAAGACAGCAUAUGGAGAAAGUUUCAGGGAUAACUUGCUGACUUGCUACUACUGUGUAUUGCUUUCUCCUACUAGAUGGUCAGAGAUCUCAUAAAUGGCAUCUUAAACGCAUCAAAUGUGUUUAUGACUGUUUCAGUUUGUUAAAAAUCACAUGCAGACUCUCAUAGAAUUCUAAAAUAUUUUUAUCUUUUGUCAUUUUAUAACACAGUUGUCCAUUUAAUCAUACACACACUAAAAAGAAGCCAAAGUCAUGACAUUUGUUCACAUUUCCUUAAAGUAUACAUAAUCCAACAAUUAUCCACAGAAGCUGAAAAUAAUAAAUCAAGGAGAAAAGAUCCCUUUCUGUAAAUAAAUUCAUGUUUGGCUCUUAGUCCUUCUUUGUGUGAGCAAUAGGAGAAUUAUUCUAAGUAGUUAGGGUACACUUGUCGGAAGUUCCUGUUUCAGUUGCUCAUUUAAAAAAAAAUGAACUUAAACAUAAACACAGGAAAUGGAUUCUUAACAUGCUUAUUUAUGGACAGUAUCUGUGUUUGAGCAUGUGAAAUUUGGCCAAAUAAUAUCCAAUUUGUUUACAUGAUUCACAUAUUUUCUCAGACAUUGUGUAUACGUGAACUGAAUAUUUUAAGGAUGCCUCACUGGACUUUUCUGGGGGGAUGCUUUAUAAAUGACAAAAUAAUAAAACGAUUCUUCCGUAGUUAGUAAACACAAACAAUUAUGAAGUCAGAUCUUAAGGGGCCAAAUACUUAGACAACUUUUUUUUUCUAGCUUUGUCCAUCUUCACUUCAUUCAGGACGUAGUUUUUCCAAAAUUUUAACAAAAUUAAAAUUAAAAAAAUAUUUUGCUAUUCAUACAGUUGCUCUUUAAUAGCUCAUUUGGAGGUAAUGUCAUGUGCUGGGUUCAGUAGUUAGAAAGCUUACCACCAUGUGACAGCAACAUACACUCUGUUGGAUUACACAUACCCUCUUUCUCACAGUAAUCUGUAACCACUGUGAAACCAGAUACUAUUGAGUAAAAGUAGUGAAAUGAUAGAGGAACACAAUAGAUUUCACUUCAUGGUGGCGGUUCAGUUUAGAAGUUAGGUUGUGCUGUGUGAACAGAGUCUACCAGUGACAUGGGUCCCCUUGCAUCCCCUGUCCUGCAUGUCAUUCCUUUCUGUCACUUCAUUUUCGUGCCCUGUCCUCUGUUCCAUCCUUUCCUAAUAAUGGCAUCAAAGCCUGAAAAAUAUAACAGAAAAAAAAUUUCAAAUAAAUAAUAAAUGUCAUAUCAUAGUUAGAUUUAUCAGGACAGAACUGUCACAGGGGCAUUAAUAAUCAUGCAUGCUUUUCUUCUCCCAGUGAUAUAUUUUGUUCUUGUCCAGGCAGGGACUUGUUUGACACCAGGAAUGUACAAAGAUUAUUUCUGUUUCAUAAUGAUACUGGACAGAGAUAUUCAAACUGUCCUGAGAAAUCCACAGUUAUUUGAGCAUGGUUGUUUAUUUCAGUGAGGGAGCAAGGGAGCGAGAGAGAGACCUCAGUGUUUAUAUAAAGCAGUGAAUUUGCAGCUAUGCUGGCAAGAGCAGUAAGACAGGUCCAUACACUUACACACAAUUUAGGAGGGAAAAUUUGUUUGCAGUACACAGGAUGCUUCUUGUCCCACCACCAUCUUCCUAAUAUUUGACAACUUCCAUUCCUGCAUUACUGUCCCCAUCCUGUGUUUUGUCCCAGGGGUUGUUGCAGUGCUGGCCUUAAUGCUCUGAUUCAUUGUGUUGUUCCAGAAACUGUGGGGGCUGCAGACUGACCGGAAGCUUAGCAUUUUCAAAUCAUAAUGUAAGAGAAUAAGACAAGGAGGCUCGCUAGAUGACCAAACUGCUUGAUAGAAAAAAGAAAAGAAAAAAAAACGCUGAUGCAGGGAAAUAUAAAAACAACAAACAUACUGUUAUUCUCAGAAAAGGGGAGAAUUUGUCAGAUAGUCAACUUUUAAUAUAGUGCAAAUGUAAAAGUCAGAGCAUCUUAAAACAGAGUGUAACAUUUUCCUUUUUCAAAGAUGUGGAGAUAAAGAUGUAAGGCAGAUUGCAGAGCUGUUUAAAUAAAGUUUCAGACAAUUUCAUGCAACUUCUCUCCCUCUGACCGAUGAUGUCACCCACCCUGGCAUGAAGAUUCCACACAAUAUGCACCCAAUAAUCUCAGAAUUUCUCCAAAAAUGGUCAUGGUCAUUGAACAGUGAGUGAUCAGAAACUACAAUACCUAUCGAAUUGUGGAUUAAUACACCAAUAGACAAGAUUUGUGUCUACAUUUCAAAGUUUAAAUGAGGUCUCUAGCUAUAAGCAUUUAGCAUUUUAUCGUUAAUCAAAUUGCUCCAAAAGUUAUUCAAGGAUGCAGAGAUAACAGAGCAGUCCCUGAUUAUUGAUUUGGUCUCAGCCGUGGGCCUGGCCUGAGACUUACUGUAUGUCGUGAAAAAUUCAUGUACAAUAGAGAAAAGUAAUAGCACAAUAAUCCCAAUCAAACUGCACAUUUUGAUAUAUAGUUUGUCUGAAAACUGUUCAAGCUGUAGAACAAGAAGGGAAUCUAAAUUGAUCUGAUAGAGGAAUAAGAAAAAAUCCACAGUAUAACAAUAGUGCCUCAGUGCGUUUGCCCGUGGCCCUAAUUAUUUAUCUCUUCACUAGGAGGGAAUGAAUGUAUUCCUCCUCACCUAUGUUUUAUUUACGCAGUGUACAUAAAAAGUUGUUGAAUUCCAGACAGGAAGAUUUUGUAGUGAAAACCUUAUUUCUUAUUUACUGAUAUUAAUGUAAUCUUACACAAAGGGAAAUUGCGACAUGCAUGCUAUGUGUCCACAUUCACACUUUAGCCUUUCUGACGCCUUCCACCUCCCCACAGAACCUCAGCCAUGCAUGUACAUUAACCCUGAGGUCUGCUGCUAUGGCCUUUGCUGUGCUAAAUAAAGCAGGGCCUAAAAGUGGGUAGCAGGCCCUGAGUUCAGGUCAAAGGAAAUAUGAAACCAUAGACCAGGAGGCUAGCUAGCUAGCCUUGAGACCAGUAAUUACACACUGUGUUUAUUCAAAUAUUUGCUGUCAGGUAAGCUGACCAUAUGCUUAAUGACCAGCACAGUUUGUGUCCUUGUUGCUUUUCUCCCGGAAGGUCCUGUAUAAUUUACUGUGAACAGUGAGGUGAAAGUGACUAAGUCCAGGUUUUCUGUUGUUUUCCUCUUCUGUUCCUUACUGGGGAUCCUUUUGGAAUCAUCGAAGAAGUUUCUUUUAACUAUCCUCCAAAAUAAUCAACAUUAAUCACCAAAAGGGUGGUUGGGGUCAUCUGAAGAGAUUUUAAGAUUCUUACUGAAUGUUUUACUCACAAUAUUUUUACCGAUUAUCACAAAAUAAGAUGGUCAACAUUCAAAUUCAGAUUUUUAGCUGUACGACUAUUUUGUACCUUUUUGCACAUACAGUAUUGUGUCAUUUAUUAGGCCAUAUGCAAGCUAUUUCAAUCAACAAACUGAGUGCUCAGCUCACAAGGACAUCAGAUCUUAUUUCUCUUAAAAUAUCAAUUUGUUUAUGCUUAGGCUUAUUGAGUCAAAUAUGUAGAUUACAACAGAUCUGUUGAGUGAUAAAAUAUGGCAGACUGUACUGAAUGUUAACAUCAGUGCUCUACACAGCAACAGCACCACCUUUAAGAUCAUCUUUUAAAGAGAAGAUAAAAGAUUAUUAGUCAACACACCUGAUUCAAAUGAUCAGCUCGUUAUCAAGCUCUGUAAUGGCUUAAUAACAAGCUGAUCAUUUGAAUCAGGUGUGCGUUGAAGCAGGGAAACAUCCAAAACAUGCAGGGGGGGGACUCGAGGACUGGACUUGAGAACUACUGCCGUAGGCGGAGAUUAAAAAGCCAUUUUUUCUGGCAUUUUUCAGUCAGCUUCUUAUAUCUUUCCCCUUUGUGUAACACUACUUUGGGCACAAGAUAAAAGCUCUUGUUUUUCUUUUUCCAAACAAACAAACAAACAAAGUUAGCGUGCUACAUUAUCAGACAGUAGAAACCAACCAGAAAGUACGGAAAAUUGUCUGAAUACUCCUUUAGCCACGACUGCCAACACAAGCAAGAAAACGAACUAAAUACCGGAGACUCUGGCGAAAUAACGGGUGCUUAAAAUAGAGGUAGACCACCCAGACAGGAGCUAAGAAGCCAGGUCAACAAUGAUGGAGGAUGCUUCAGGAUCUUACGGACCCUGUAACCUUUCAUCUGGACAGGGAAACCGCUUUAACAAAGUAAGCCAAGUGUCUGUAACAAAAGAGUUUCUUGUCAAUCGGGACCUGCUGCGUGUAAUAGCGCCGCUAAACUGUUGACCUCAGGUCCUGGAGUAUGUCACUUUAUCCUAGUUUUAGAAGUCCUGCAAACAUUGGGCUCUAUUUUUGUGUCCGCCGGUGACGCGGCGGAGGGUAGCGGGCCCCGCACAAUGGUAUUUUAUGUCACCGAUGCCUCACCAGCAGGUUUCCAAAGUGUCAGGCACAUUUCAGUGCAAUAAAUGAUCAAUAACAACUAAUAAUCUGAGUCAGCACAUACAUUUAGACCUAGAUAUAUUCUGAUCAAUAUCUGAUCUGAUGAGCACAUUUGGCAUGCGUUUGGACACACAACCUGACCGAAUCAACACAGCUGAAACCGCAUUAAAUGAAAUUAAAUUCAAUAUCUAGUAAAUGGACACACAUGAUGAAGUUAACAAGAUAUGUAAUUCGUCUCCCUCCUUUUCUUUCUUCCUCUUCCUCUUAUUUCUUGCGCAGCUUGACCUGGACAUGUCUCUGUGUCCUCUACCCGUCCUGCUGCCUGCUGCAGCUGAACAGAUGAUUUAUUUCAGUGAUCAGAUGAGUUUUUUACUUUAAGCCUACAUACGAAUAUUAUAAUAUUCAGUUUUGUGAGCCAAAUUUAUUUUAUAUGCCAACAUCUAUGAAAGAAAGAGCCAAGCCACGGAGCGCGAUGUGUCCUUUACGCACAGAUGGUUCCAAUUUUUAUGCCAUUAUUGGAAAUUAUGUUGUGAUCUGUGCGCACAACCCACCUUUGUCACAUGAGGUUUGAAUAUAUGCAACUUUAUGAGUGUCUUUAUUUGUGGAAAAGGGUGUUUGUUUUACCAGUGGGUCCAACAUUAAACACACCAAAUCCAUCUGUGCUCAUAUGAGAGAGUGUGGAGGACGCCCAGUGCAGUGCUUACAGCGACACUUUUGAGGGGCUGCCUUCUGUCGCUAUUGUGUGGCAUUGCUGUCUUCAGACAUCUCUUGAUCUCUUUGACUACUUCAUGAAAAUUGUAAUACACCUCGCCGGUGGCGGAUUCAAAGGCGGGGAGAGGAGCGGUGCUGAUUGGCGAAAACAGCUGGGAGGAGCUGAGUUAGGGAGGGGGGUUAGUUACGCCGGGUCGUGCUGCUCACAAAAAUACCAAAAUGUGCUUGGGCACGCCUUGUCGGCGUGGCAGACCUGACUUACGCCGUGCGUAUGCCACGUCGCUGGUGAGGAACGAACAUAGAGCCCAUUGUGUUUGCUUGUAGCCUGUUGGCAUUUUCAGUGGCACCAAUGCUGUUUACUUUCACGUUGACUGGGCCCCAUUUGUAAUUAUCUUAAGUAUUUAUCUGCACUAUAUCUGAAUUUUAUUUAAAAUGAUACGAGCAAGCAGGAGCGUCUGUUUGUGGGAGGGGUUUGCUGGAGCAGAUAGGGAGGGGAGAGGAGGAGCUGAGGGGAAAACUGGUUGGGAGGGGUAGUGUUUACGUUCAAGAUUUCUCCCAAAAACUGGCACUUCCUCAGAUCCUGCCUACCCCACCUUUAAUCUACUAUGAAUGAAACACUUCACAGCAUUUACCAGAUUACAGUGGCAAGGAAAAUGUUCCUUCCAACUGCAAAAACCUGAAGUAGAAAUCAGACUUAUGCUGGACAGCUAAUUGGUGAUACUGAGUUGGGCUUUGAAAACGGUAGAGUGAGAUGCACAAAGAGAGAAUUAGAUCUACACAGACAACAGCAGCAGCAGUAGUUCAUAAAGACUUAGGGCUCUAUUUUCGUGCCUCGCCGGAGACGCGACGCAGGCGCAGCAUAAGUCAGGUCCACCGCGCCGACAAGGCGUUCCCAAGCACAAUUUGGUAUUUUGGUGAGCGGCGCAGCCCGGCGUAAUAAUCCGCCGUCCCUAACUCAGCUCCUCCCAGCGGCGUAAGUCGUAGCGAGGGAGGAGAGAGGGCGUGGAGUGGGUUUAACACAGCCGAGACCUGUUUUCACCAAUCACAUAAGCUCCUCUCCUUGCCUUUAAAUCCACCACCGGCGAGGCGUAUUACUAUUUUCAUAAAGUAGUCAGCGAUCAAGAGAUGUCUGAAGACAGUAAUGCCACACGAUGGCGACAGAAGGCAGCUCCUCAACAAGUGUCCCUGUAAGCGCUGCAGAGGGCGUCCUUCACACUCUCUCAUAUGAGCUUAUGAUUCGGUCAGGUUGUGUGUCCAAACGCGUGCCAAACGCGCUCAUCAGAUCAGAUAUAGAUCAGAAUAUAUCAAUAUAGAUCUAAAUAUAUGUGCUGCUGACUCAGAUUAUUAGUUGUUGUUGAUUAUUUAUUGCACUGAAAUGUGCCUGACUCUGUGAAAACCUGCCUGUGAGGCAUCGGUGACGUAUGCCGAUACGCCGCCGGUCUACCAAAACACCACUAGACCAGCCGCGCUCUGCCUGCGCUGAAAGCUGACCAGGUUUGAAUCGGCGAGCUUUCAGCACACUUUACACGCCACUGGUGAGCACGAAAAUGUCACUGUGCCCACUAUUUCUGUCAACACCUCCCCCUGCCAUGCCACCACGCCCAGAUUGGCGGAUCUCGGUUCGCCUCUGUGCGCCUCAGUCCACGAAAAUACCAAACUGGCUGUACGCCGGGCUCCGCCAGACAAAAAUACAACUGCGUGGGGUCCGCCAACCUCCGCCGCCUCACCGGCGUACACAAAAAUAGAGCCCUUACAGUCCCAGUCCUGUUAAUAAUGCUUAAAAUAUGAGUACUAUGUUCAGAAUCUGCAAAUCAAUGAUAAUAGACUGAUCCUAAUGUUCAUAGCAAUAAUAUGAAUUUUAGUAACAUCAUUGAUUACUGUAUUUUAGCCUGUCUUUUUGAUCUUUUUUUGUUUUUGUAAUGUAUUUUUAUUAUAUAUACUACUGUGUUGUAAAAUGUCCUUGAGUGCCAUGAAAAGUGCUAUUUAAAUAAAGUGUAUUAUUAUUGCUGUUAUUAAGAGCUGGGCCAAGCCUGAACUAGCUCUAUAAGCUUUAUCAAAAAGUAAAGUCUUUGGCCUACUUCUUAAAACAGACAGAGCUUCUGCCCUCAAGUUCCUACUUCUCUAAUGAUUUCAGAGAGGAUGGGCCUGAUAACGUAGUGUUCUACCCACAAUUUUACUUUUAGAGACUUUGGGUACAACAAGAGGACCUGCAUGUUGGUGCAGUGUUCUAGAGGGGAAAUAUUUCAAUGCAAGCUCUUUUAGGAAUUCAAAAAUGCAGAGGCAAAUGCCCAAAUUUAUUGACAAUAAACAUAUAGAACAAAGUGAACAACAGAAAAUCGCAGUUUCCGGGAAAAGGCACGGUCAGCUCGGACGGCCACUAAAAAACACAAAACAAGGAUUAGAAGAUCGUCACUGCAGCAAGGCAAAAUAGCUGGUGGAAAAAGAUAGUGAUGAUAGUGCCACGUGGGGCAAGUAACAACUAAGGAUGUAAAAAGACAAAGUGCAACAGAAAUAGUAAACCAAAAAUCUCAACUGGAAGAAAAAAUACGAACACAAAAUCACCUUUGCUCAAGGGAAAAACUCUCUGGAAAGUAACAAAAGAACUCACAAACAAACACUGAGAGGCAGGCUGGAUACAUGGGCGGGAGAUCAGGGCGCUUGGCGUGGCAAGACACGUGUAGCAUGACUGAGAAAUCAUCUGGCACUGAGUCGACAGAGGAGCUGGCAUAUAAAGCCAGGUAAUUGACACCAACGAGAAUCAGGUGUGUACAAUCACUCCGGGCCAGCCCCACCUCCCGCCGUGCUUCCAGCGCUGCAGAGAGAGAGAGAGAGAGAGAGAGAGAGGGAGACACACACAGAGGAGAGGAACACAGGAACCCCAACUGCUGCAUAACUCAAAAUCCUCACAAGCUCUUUGAGAUGCGAUUGUGCCUGACCAUUAAGAGAAGAGGAAGGAUUCUAUGGGGAGCCAGUGUAGCAAAGCUUAUGCAGAUCUGGACAGAAUGGAAAUGUGCUUUCUACUGUACAGUGCCUGACAAAAGUCUUGUCACUUAUCCAUUUUGUAGAAACAACAGCUUAUAACCUGACUUGUCAUUAAUCCAUUGGUUUUAGAAAUGGCUCAUAUGAAAGCUAAAACCCUCCCAAAUUAUAUUUAAAAUCUAAAAUAAAUUUCCUUCACCGAAGAAAGAUUGAUCAUUUAAUGAACACAGAAAGGUCAGAUUUUGGCAAGACAAAAGUUUUGUCGCCUACAUAGAGUAAUGUGAAAAUUGAACAAAUAAUUUACUUCAAAUACAAAAUAUGUUGCACAACAUCAGUGAAUCAAGUAGUGGUGCUGUGAGAUCCAUAUUUAAUAUCUUGUAUGACUUCCAUGAGCCUGAAGAACUGCAUCCAUGCAGUUCAGCAACGAUUCAUACAAUUUAUUGAUGAAGUCAUCAGAAAUAGCAAAGAACGCAGUCUUACAUGCCUCCCAGAGUUCAUCAAGAUUCUUUGGUUUUGUCUUCCAUGCUUCCUCUUUCAUUUUACCCCAGACAUGCUCGAUGAUGUUCAUGUCUGGUGACUGGGCUGGCCAGUCCUGGAGCACCUUGAUCUUCUCCGCCUUGAGGAACUUUGCUGUAGAGAUCUAAGUAUGCGAUGGAGCACCAUCCUGCUGCAAAAUUUGACCCCUUUUAUGGUUGGGAAUGUAAGAGGUAGCUAAUACUUCUUGAUAUUUUAGGCUAUUGAUAUUGCCUUUCACCCUGCAAAUCUCUCGCACACCUCCAUGCUGGAUGCAACCCCAGACCAUGAUUUUUCCACCACCAAACUUAAUUGUUUUCUGGGUGAAUCUCGGAUCCAUGCAGACUCCAGUAGGUCUCCUGCAAUAUUUGCAGCGGUUGUGAUGUAAUUCAACCGAAGAUUCAUCAGAAAAAUCCACCUUCUGACACUUUUCCAGCGUCCAUCCUUUUAGCAGGCUGUGGGCCUUGGCAAAUGCCACAAGUUUUUUUAAUUUCUUUUUGUUUAGUGCUGGUUUCUGGGCACUGAUUCGACCAUGGAGGCCAUGCCGAGACAGAAUUCGACAAACUGUUCUGGUUGACACAGGGACUUGAGGUGACCAGACCUGGUGGAGCUCUGCUGCAGUGGAAAAGGGGCUGGCCUUGGAUUUUCAAGCCAACAAAUGGUCCUCCCGAGCAGUUGUCUUUCGGGGUCUGCUGGGCCUGGGCUUGUCAUAAACAUCUCCAGUCUCUUCAAAUCUUUUUCUUAUCCUUUGUACUUGACGCUGAGACACAUUGAAGGUGUCAGCCACCUCAGCAGUGGAUCUGGUCUUCAGCCUCUUGAUGAUCAAAGCUCUGGUCUCAGGGUGAAUCUUAGGCAUGUUGUCAGAGGUUAAGUUGCAGUUGAUGUGAAGGUCUGGUGUGCUGUGGUUCUUUCUAUACACCCACUAAUUGAUUGGUCAAUAACUGAUCACAGGUGAGGCUGUAAUCUUGGAUUGGGUGCAUCAUAUGACAAGGCGACAAGACUUUUGUCUGUGCAAAAACUGACUUAGUGGGCUUUACCAAGCUGUGAACAUUAGAAUGCUUUUCAGCAGUUUCAUUUGGCACCAAGACAUUAUUUCAAACACUGUUGGGAUUGAAAUUAGACAUUUCUUGUAAAAAAAAAAUGUAUUGCACAUAUAUUUGAGGGGCACUUAUGGUCAACUUGUACCCAAGCGACAAGACUUUUGUCAGGGACUGUAUUCCUAGUUUCAGUCAGUACUGAAGCUAUAGGAUUAGCUGAAGCGUUUUUCAAGACUUAGUAGGGCAGCAUGAUAAUUGGGAGUAACAGUAAUCCAACUUAGAGGGAACAAGUGCAUUGGCUAGUUUUGCACGAAGAGUACCCCGUUACGAUUUCCAAAUGAGAAGUUUUAAUGGAACCCAAAAACGCAGAGGCAGUGUGAUACGUGAAAUUAUUAUAAAGGAAGUUGCGUUGGUGCAGGAGAAGCCAGAGCAGGAGAGGAGCCAUCCAAUCUCUAUGAAAAGAAAGGGUAGAGACUCUGCACAUAAAAAAUGACUCCAGGGUGCCAUUACAAAAUAAACAAGUGCAAAUCACCACUGUACCCAAACUUUAGAAAAAGUUGAUACAUUUUAAAGUUAUAGACGAGUUUCUUGUGUACAAACAAUACUAGGUGCAUGCGCAACUGGGGGCAAAAGCCCGCUUCGGAGUGAAGUGAUAUCAAUGAAGAUGGCGUAUUGUUUGCAAGUUCUCCCUGACACAAUUGCAAUAAAAUGUCAUUUCAUUGAAAAAUCGCUUUGUCUUUCAUUGCAUCACAAAUCUGAAAAACACUUGCUGAAAUGUCCAUGAAUUUCACUCAACUUACCAGGCUGUGACGUUGUUUUAGUUGUUUCUAAUAACAGGAGCGGGGUCAUAAUGUCAGUGAAUGCUAACAAAGUCAAAGUAAAAAUGGCUACUUUACGGCCUGCCAACAUUUUUGAAAACCUGCCAAUGUAAUUGUAAAUAUAAGUCUGACAGCUCAUUAGCUAGGUCUUAACAGAGAUGGUUCAGACCAAUUAUAUCAACAGCCUCAGCAGCCCAGACUGCAGUGAUUACAUGAAAUUUUCCCUCAGCGCUGAUGAGAAAUUACCAGACACAUACAAUAUUCCAAGUGAGGAAUAGAUUGCAGAUAUGUCCAAAUGGCCAGUUAUAAUACGGCCCAACAUAUAAAAUUAUCUAAUUGAGAAGCCUUGUGUGUAUACAAAGGACAGUUUGCAUGCACACAAAUCUUUAGACGCGUAUAAUUAUGUACUUUGUGGCCAUGUCCAAAACUUAAAAUGUUAUGACACAGGUUCAGGGUUUUGCACAUGAGAGCAGGUGUCCUGCCUAGCCAGAGACAGGGAGUAGAGGCAAAACCUUAUGAUGCCUGGUGCACGUGCACUGGGAUCUACACUGGAUGCUGCACAGACUCUCGCCCCCUUUAGAACCUCCAGAACCCCAAUCCUCUCUUUUGAUGGCCUGGAGCCACAAUCUUCUUCUUCUGUUGGCAAAAGGAUGAGAUCCCCUCAGGAUGUUAAACAGUUUCCAUCCAUCCUUUUGCUGAUUCGUGCCGUUUACAGCACAACAGCUCCUUUUCAUUUUCUUUCUCUGUUGACUCCGCUGGCUGCUCGCACAUACCUGCGAUGAUGUUGCAUAGAAACCCGUUUAUUGAAAUAGAAUAGUAAAAAGACAUAACAACCCCUGAAGCAACAAUGAUAGAAGCUCAUUCUCUCUCCUUUGGCCGAAGUCAGUACAGUGUUUGGGUUUGGUUCUUCCAAGCAGGGGAAGUGUUGACUAUCAUCAACUGUGCAAAGUAUAACUAAUCAUAGGUAUCCUGUUCAACCCCAUUUUAAAAAAAAGGUUAGCAAAUUUUCAAUCCAAAAUAUGGGUCAUUGAAAGGGCAGCAGAGUCUGUCUUACAUUUAAGUGGAGAUUUAAAACCACACAGCAUAGGUUUUCUGAAAUUGCUGGUGUUGUUCAAAACUUUUAUGUUGAUAAUAGACCACUUGAUCAAGUCCUACAUGUCCAUUAUUCAUGCACAAAUUGUGGCACACUUGCCUUGUAAAGGAUGUUAUGUAGGCCAAUAACUUCACUCUUCAUCUUUCCUCAGAACCUUGACCCUUUGGAGGGCUUGAUACAGAACCUGCUUGCUGUGCUGCAUCCACCCUAUGAGCCCACGGCCCCCACUCUUCUCAGCCAGCUCUUUCAAGUCAUGGAAGGUCAUUAUCAAGGAGAUGCUCUAUGGUGCCUCCUGGACUUCUUAAUCCCAGCUAAGCACAUUUUAGACACUAUGCCACAGGCUGCAUGUAUAAGUCACAUUUUGCUAGCUAUCAUUGCAAAACCUGUGCCAGUCUAAAAAAAUGUUUUCACUACAUUUAUUGAUAUAGAGCAAGAUCUUGCUGUACUUAGUGUUACAAGAAAAACAGACAAAAUUUGUAUUUAUUUUAACAGGAUUUGUUUCAAUUUCUAAAACUGUAUCUAUUGCUGUGUCCCCCUCAGGCUCCAUACUCUGAUGCUCUCCUCUUGUGUGAGGGCUGGCCUCUUUGUUUGUGUGACCAAAUUUUUGUCCACAUCGCUCCCAUUAGCCCCCUACAUCUUCGGCCAGACGACUUUUAUCUCCAGGUUGCGCCAUUUUGUGACCAAUCAGCUCAAAUUGUGGUCUGCAGCCUCCUAGAAGAGGGAGGGUUUAAAGUAGAGAUAGUUGAGGAGACCCCAAUCCCUGAGACUUCUUAUCCCUGUAUCUUCAGCUGUGACUAGUUGGAAGAGAUCAACAGAGGCUACCAUGGAACGCCUCUCAGCCAGUGCCUUCUUGCCUCUGAGAAGGGCAUGGUAAAGUUACCAUGGGAGCAGGUAGCUGUGCCUGACUUUGUGGAUGUGCCACUGUGUGCUGGGAGUAGCAUGGCCUCUGCUCCUCCUGCACACUCUCCUAUAACUCCUCUGCUUCCUCUUCACCCAUCACCCCAUCCUCACCCUGACAAGUCUCCUUCUAAUCAUUCUGUACCCCUUUGUCCUUCAGAGGAAUCUGCACCAAAAAGUUACCCUGUGACCAUCAAAAAUUCUAUUUUAACCUCUUCUUCACAUCCCUCUGCCUUUUCUGUGGAGACGAGAAUAUGUCCAGCAAAGCACGGGAUUGCUGUGUCACUCUGCUUGGUGGAUUCUAGAACUGCUUCUUCACACAGGCUUUUCAAAGCGCAAGAGACUGAAACAGAGCUCAAGCCUAUUGGCUGGGUGUCUCCUAAUAUAUCGGACAACUGUUUAACUGGAAGAGGCCCAAAUACAGCUACAAAAGCAAGCACUGCUGCCAGUUUAGGCUUUCCUGCAUGUGCGGAUUCUAAUGGAUGCAGAGUUGAACAUAUAGAGCAAGACAAUUAUAAAGAUACAAAUACUCAAGGGUCAGCUUGUCAAGUUUCAGCAGAAGGGGAAUAUAUAGAUAUUCUGCAGGCAACUAUGCUUUUUAAUAAAGCCCAGGCAGUCAAAGAAGACGGACAAAAAUUAGAGGAGAAAAUGCAACCAAAUUCUCAAGUUGAUCCUCGAAUACAAAGAUAUCUAUACAGAUGCGCACCAAUGCAACCACAAGCACAAAUGCAAUUGUACAGGCAGACACAUAGACAGCCAAACACACAAUUAUCAUCUCAAACACAGGCACACAUUAAGUCUCCUACAGAAACACAAAGUUUAAGUCACUGUAGACCAGAGGCCACUGUAUCAGUAAGACCCAGCACAUCUGAAGAAGUGCAACCUCCAGGUACUCUCCUUCAUUCUAUGUCCCAUCACCCUCACCAAGACCCUCUUGAUACUUCUCAGUGUGUUCGCACUGUACAGUUCUCUGAAAAACCCUGUACCCCAUGCAUGAGAAGAAGACAGGGCAGAAAGGUCUCCAGGGCUCAGGAGCUCAGGUGUCGGUACAGGGAUUCCUACCAGGCUGCCAUCCAAAACCCAGUUACCUUUGGACAGGAGAAGGAGAAGGACAAUAUACUAGCUGUGAUGGAGGAGGAGGGUGCAUUCUCACAGGGUAAUGAUAAGCUAAAACUACCACAGACUGAGACAAGGGAUCCAUGGUGUAAAGUUCAAGGAAUGUGGUUUGAUCCCGGGAUGCAGCACCGGUCUUCAUCAUCUGCCAGUGGAGGUGUAUGCAAAGAAUCAGGAGAAAGAAACACUGUUCUAUAUUUGAUAGAAGACAAAAACACUACCCAAGGUAUGGAUUACAGAGAAAGGACCACAAUGCCUUUGAGAGAACCAAGUUUUGGCACACAUUCUGCCAAAGUUUGUGGCAGUCUUCCCAGUGACAAUGUAAAUGAAUCAAACUUUACAGCACAAAUUUGUGUAAAUACCAAAGGGGCUCUUUCAAGCUCAAAUGCUUCUCAUCAGUCAAAUGACAUCAUUGCCAAACACCACAUAAUACCGACUGGGACAAGUCAAGUUUUAGAUACCAACAUUAACCCAAAACUCCACGGAAGGCUCCAAAGCAGAAACAAGAAUCCAGAGUUUUGUAAGUCUCAAUCUGCACCACCGAACAGACCAGAAUCCAUUUCAGAUGGCAGAUGUUCUUCACUCUCCACAGCUGUUGUGGACACCUCAGAGAAGUGUGAGCUUGUUAUUGUUGAAGGACAAAAUGUUCGCAGAAAGGAAGUUAUUGAGUCCUGUGCUGAAAUUCCUCAGUUGCAUGUGGUGAAAUGUAAAUACAGCACAGCCUUUCGACUAGUAUCACCCAAGAUCAGCAGGAAGAACAAAGUCAUUGCAGGUACAGAGAAAUGUUAAAUAGUGACAGGCUCUACUCUCAUUUUUCAGCCUUUUGUUCAUCUUAACAUCGACAUCCAAAUCUAGAAAUUGACCACCAAAAAUGUGUCCAAUUUAUACAGAGGGUGCUCAACAUGGAUGUAAGAUCAUGACCAGUAGAAGUGACCAUCAGAUAAAGAACAUAUCACAGGCAGAUGCACCACUGGAUGCAGAGAUGCCAAAUACUUCUCAGCCAGAGUCUCCUUGCUCCAGACCUGACCACCUUCCCCUUGGACCCCCAGACCCAAGAGCCCAACCCCUUUAUUUAGGAGUAGCUUCUCUUACGGGUAAGUUGAUUUAGAGCACAAUUGAUAACAUUAAAAAACACAAUCAUUUUGCAUUGUUUGGCAGCAUCUGUAACAGGAUCAGUAUAACAAAGUUUCUGACAAGAACAAAAUUUGACAGUUGUAUGAAUAACAUGAACACCUGACAUAUAAGAGGUAUUUAAUGAGUCAUUACAUGAAAUACAUGCUGAUCAAAGUUUUUAAGUUGUCUACUUAGACCCUGGACUUCUUUUUAGCUCUUAAUCUGUGUGCCUUUUUAUACCUUUCCUUCAUCUUUUUUGGUGUUUCCUUUUUUUUUUUUUAGAUUUUUCAUCUUCACAGUUUAAUUUUUUUUUCCAUGAUCUUGAAUUUAUUUAGCUUUUUGACUUAGAGUUAAAGGGCAACUUUAUACUGUCCAUCUCCUAUCUUACAGAUGAUUUAUUCAGAACUGUACCUCAUAGUUUGACUAAUCUUUCUCUCUCUAACUAUUAGGUGGCAAAGAUAGGACUGACAGAGCAAUAGUUGAACUAUAUGGAGACCACCAGGGAUGGGGAUCAGCUGUUUCGAGCACAGAGCUCUACAAAGUGUUGCGUUACUUCCACUCUAUCACCAGGUUACAUGUACAUGCCAGCUAACAAAUGAAAUACAAAACCUUCAUUCAGAGUCAUGUCAUAGGGAAGUUAAUCAUUUUUGAGUCUUGAAAAUGAUUGCUGUGUACACAUAUUUGACUGUUUAUCUUUUAUCUAGGAGAGAAAUCAGAGAAGCUGGACUGACUCUUAUUUUUGAUGCAAGAAAGACAAACCCUCAACCACAGCUCUGUAAGGCCUUAAUGACACUUCAGGUAAGUGGCCAUAAACUUCAAGCACAGCAGAUCAGAAUUUACUGCUGUUUGGGUUAUUCCCUUGCUGGAGACACGGUGCUGUUAACAGACAAUGAACUGAGUAAAAUGCCACUGCUAAAUAAUGAAUCAGCUUCUGCGCACAAUCCAUCUCCAAAGGUCCUCUGAAUUAUUGAGUAGGCUUUGGUUGUGUAAUGAAAAUAUUCUUCCACUCACCUCCUUUUGUCUCAAAGUACAACAUGUUUUAAGACAGGUAUGGGUCAAAUGAUAUGACUCAAAAAGAUAAAUACACAAUCUCAGCAAGGAAAGCAAAAGGUGAAUUUGGUUAUCAAAGAUCUGUGAAUGUAUAUAAGUGGGACUUAGCAAGUGUUUCACUGUUGCAGGAACAGACUCUCCAGGCUGUAAACAGUUUUGUGCUGCUCAUAGACAAAGACAUCAACCCUCAGCCAGAGCACUUCCCUGGAAUCCAGGUCUGUUUUCACAAUCCAGUUCCCUGCUUAUGACACUUUUAUUGUUUUCUGUUUGUAUUAAUGAAGACGUUGGAAAUAUGAGUGGGCUGUAAGAUUAGUUUAUCUCUUUGGUCAAAAGAUAUUUUAGCCAUACCUAGAAUCCAUACACGUCUUGGGGGGUCAGUUUGUUUAUUUGGUUCAUCACUUUCUUCUUUACAGGGGAUACAGUGAAAGUUUGAGAACUUUGUCAACAGAAGAAGAAUCUUAAUAAACUGGUGUUUGACAUAUUCAUAUUUUUAUCUACUGCCCCCUCAGGUCAGCAUUCCACAUACAUAAUGAAGUAAAUCAACAUCAGUGAAAUUAUCAUUUUUGGAAGCCACAACAGGGCAUUGGUGUCAUUGAAUUACAGACAUUAUUGUUAUUUACAUGCUAGAUAAACAGCAUUAUGAUUUAGUUAUGUUUAGUAAGAAAAACAAGACAGUAAAAAAUUACGUGGCGCACCUGUUUCUUCUAGCACAUGACCAAAGCAAUGUCCAACACAGGAAACAAAUGAAUUGUGCUACUAGUUGAUAUGCAACUAUUUCGAAUAAUGUUUCCUUAAAACAGACUGAAAUAGUGACAUCAAUGAAAGCCUUGCUCAAACUGGUGGACAUGAGUCAGCUGAGCUCCCGCCUAGAUGGCACACUGUCUCAUAGCACCUGUGACUGGACGGGGCUGCACAAGGUGAAGUAGCUCAACAAACAUGUCAAUCCAUCCUCCUCUCCUGAUUGUCUUUCUAAUUAGGUUGUACACAUCUUAACAGCUCCUGGUUUACUUAUGACCCUAACUUUUGUUAUCCAGAAACUUUUCCCAUUUGUGUCUGAUCUUCAUGAGGCAUCCAGCCUCCUACUAAGAGCCAUCAGUAAGUUGGAGGAGCCUCACAGGAUCGACAGUGUGCAGGUAAAUUCCUGUCAACUGCUUUCUGCUCAUAUUAUUCAAUUAUUUACUGACAUUGGUAACAUGGAGGUCUGUCUCUUACUCUGAAAACCCGGCAUACACUGGCUGUUCUGAAUAAUUUCUAUAGCUGCAAAAGAUUCACAUUAAAGGGAGGCAGUAUCAUGCUUUUCCACAUUGAUAACAAAAAACUGCAAAGUUGCACAAUUUGGUGUCAAUACUACAUGUAUGCAAAGUUUAAAAUCAUGAGGUAAACGUAUGUUGUCUUGGUAUUAGAAAAUAGAUGUAAACUGCUAAAAACAGGCCCUUGCAAAAAAUGCGAGACUCACUAAAAUAAAUGGGAUAUUGCAAAAGGCCUUCAUAAAUGGACCUAAAGAGACAGCAGCUAAAAUGAAGCCUCGCAGACGAAGGCUGAAAUAAUGAUAUUUUAAUUCACCACUGUGAGAUACACAAGGCUUCUUUUGAUCAGAAAAUUAUGCAAAGCUAUUAAAGUGGUACCACGUAGUAUAGAGUCUGAAAAAAUGCACAAUACACCCCCCCCCCCCCAACAUUGACACUGACAUUAAGUAGUGACAGCAUAAUUUGCAAAAAUUUAUUUUGUCCCAAAGACUGUACAGCAGAGCAUGGCGGACCAGAGGACUCUGAUGCGAGAUGUACUGGAGAACAGCAGAUUGGUCUGCCUGCAGAGGGAGGGCGGGGCAAUGUUGGCAAGGCUGAGGAAGGAAAGUGGCCUUAAGUACCCAAACUGCAAGGACCUCAGGUUGACACAAAAUUUCCUGCUUUCAUCUGUGACAGUAUAUUUACAUUUACACAACAACCCAUGUAUUACCUUUACAGUUUUAUCACAUAACACCAGUUAUGCUUCUGGAUUAAAAACCACAAGACUAAACAUAUUUCUUACCACCACCAUCAUACCAAGAAUGACAGCUAGCUAGUCAAAAUAUGCUCAUCUUGACACUACAACAAACUCUCAGGCUUGUCAUUUCAGAAAUGUCAGCUGAUUAUUUGAUACUGAUACUAAUACUACAGUCAAAUGCUACUUUGUCACUAAGGGUAACAGUUCGUCAUGUUUUCAUGUUUAAAAACUCGACAUCUGACUUUGUGUUAAAGCUGUAAAUAAAAAGUUAAGGUUUUAAAGCCAUUUUUUUUCCUGUCGCCUCAUCUUUCACUUGAAUCUUUUUUCCAGAACACCUGUUAUUUAUGUUAUCUAUUGUUUUUUUUCUUUCUUGAGCUUUUGAUCUGUCUUUUCCUCACAUUCAGUGAUGCAGUAGACUCAGUGACCAGCUUAUACAAUCAUGUGGAGGAGCAAGCUCAUGUUCUUGUGCAGAGGUCCAACCAAUCGCUGGAGCACCUGGAGUAUCUGCUGCAACUUAGAGAUAUGGAGGGACACUUUUCACAGGUUACCAUUUAAACUGCUCACUGAUGAUCAGAAGAACGUAAUAUCAUAACAAAAUAUGUUAGGUCUGACAUUUUCAGUAAUGGGUCUCAGAAACCGUGAUGGACACAACAGUGCCUGAGUCCAUUGGGCUUAGGGAUCUAAUGAUUAUAUGGGGAUAGCUUGACAAAGAUCCAAUGCAAUAUGCAUUGCAGGGUUUUAUAAACUUAAAUUAGAAAUUAAUGAUACACAACUUAAAAUGUGUUUUUCAUUGCUCAUAUCCCAAGGAACGCACAGUUGUGCAAUUCAGUAAUUUUACAUGUCUUUCCUGGGCCAGAUGACUUGUUCGUGGCUCUGUUCAGGGGCGAAGUUUAAAAAAAAAAAAAAAAAAACUGAAAAGAAAUGAAACUGAACGGGCUUAAGAUAACCUCAAAUAAGUGCACAUUACACCUGAAAUGUGUAAGCAUCUUUACAUUGGCUGCCAGUAUGUUUUAGGAUUGAUUUUAAGAAUUUAAGCUCUUAAUGGUCUCUGUCCAAGUUGUAUCAUCAAACUUUCAAUCCCCUACACUCCAGUACGCACUUUACGAUACUUGAGCGAGGGCUUUCUUGCUGUUCCAGACACUUGGCUGAUAUCAACAGGGGACAGAGCAUUUUCAGUUCGGGCUCUUACACUCUCCAAUGAGCUCCCCUAGAAAAUUAGGUCAGCUUGUUCAGCUUACUCAUUUGAGGCACUUCCUUUUACAAACUUUUAUUGGAGAGCCUCUCCUGUUUUCACUUGACCCAAUGUGUCUUUUACAGUGACCUGACUUUAUGUUUCCUCAAAUAUGGUGUUGGUUUUAUGAGCCAAGAUGGUUGAUCCCUUUAAAAAUGUGUUGAAUUAGCAUUUUUCUCUUUCCUGCCUUCUAAAGGAGUGUGCAAUAGACUAAACACCACUAAUAUUCUUUUCACUUCCUAACCUUGUAGAUGCAACAGUGGUUCAAUGUAGAGGGAGAGCGACAUCUUUUUGAUGCUGUAUCAGUUGAAGAGUCUGGAGACAGAAUGGAGCAUAUCCUCAACAGCUUCACUGGUUUCCUCCUUGAAGCAAAUGUGAGACUAUGUUUUCUUUUCAGCUGAGUGAGUAUGUUGGUACGUCCACAUUUGCCAAGCUGUCUGAAUCUCUCUUUCAACUCUACUAGGACCGAAGGCAGCAUGCCAUGACUUUGGUGUCAGAGGCAGAGCGACUCAGGCUGAAGGGGUCCUCCUAUCAAGAGACAGAAGCAUUUUGGACUGUAGUCUGCACCUUCAAGUCAAGCCUGGAUGACUUUCUCUGUAGGGCUAAGGCAUGUGGCAGGGAGCUGCAAACCAUGGUCAGCGUUUGUGAUUUUUGUGAGCAGGUUGGUGCAAAAUCAAUUAAAGUAACAUUUUUGUAACCAAUAACCAGCUACUGUUUGUAAUCUAGAGAAACUAUAAUUUUUGACCAGGUUUGGAACACAGACAUAGCUUUUGUUAUUGUUUAUUGGUUAAGUAUGUGCUAAUUCAUCUUUAAUCAGCCAUGCACAGUGUUUAAUACAUGUGCAAAAAUUAACGCCCACUUUUAAAAUUGAGUGCAAUCUUACAAUUUUCAAGUUUUUUAAUCAGGUAACAGCACAUUUGCUGGGGGGGUAGCAUGAUACUAGAAAAUGAAAUAAGUUUGUGCACGUAUGUUCUUAUGUAAAUUUAAUGUCUUAAAACAGGCUACAGCUUUGGCGAGUGAAUGUAUUGAGUAUCUGGACCAGAGUCACUCAAGAAAUCACACAAUAAAAGGUCAGGAAAAAUCAAGACAUCUGCAAAGCCAAGAGCCUGGACCAACAUCAGCAUCCCUUUGCCAGUCCUAUGCUCAUGCUUGCUCUGGUCCAACAACCACCAAUAUUUUACAUCCAGAAAAUGAUGUCAUCCAGACUUUCCAAGAGAGGUUCCAACAAUUCACUCCCGAGAAAUUUCAGGAGGUGAAAGUCCAGGCUGAUACCCUGCAGUGCUCCAAAGGGAUGCAGGUCUGGAACAUAGCUUGGCUCAAAUGCCAGGAGGCUAGACAACAACUCCAGGAGAGGAUGCAGGACUUUGUUGAAGUUGACCAACAGCAAGAGUUCAGCAAUUACAGUCAACAUCAUUAUGUUGAUGUGGUAAGCACUAAUGUCCAGAUACUGCCUCCUGGUGGCCAAAGUCUGGUGGUACAAACAACACCUGGGCCUCGACACCCUCAGUGGGAGGAAAUCAUAACUGGUGCUGCAGAUCUGGGGAAGAGAAGGCCCAUCCUCGGCAGCAACAUCACCAGCUCAACGCCUUUAUCCUGCUGUAAUAUCAGUAUUAAACCUGAGGAUAGCCAUGAUGCUGGAAAUAGCCAGAGCUCAAAGGUCUCUCCACAGUCACCCAAAAGGUAACUUAUUUAUCCAUUUACUGUACUUAUCUGGUGACUGGCAGUGGCUUUCAAUGUUCUUUAUAGUAGCACAAGCUGAACAUGUGAGGGUAUUUCAGGAUAUCUAAGCACUUUGUCUUGACCUUAAUUUCAGUUUGAUAAUGUCUUGUUUUUUCUUUUGUCUGGAUGUUGUUAGAACUGAAUUUUUCUGCUAAAAGAUGUAUUUAAUUUAUGGACCACACAACCCAUUUACCAUCUUAAGUACUGAUAACCUAAAACCUUGGACAUAACUGAUGGUUGUAAAGAAAACAGUCAGUCAGUGAGAUGGUGUUUUUUCUGAUCACCCAUUAAUGCUGCAUUUUUGCGGUUGCUGUUUGAAAGUGGAAAUCGGAGCUCAAGGUUCUCUGGCAGGGCGCCGGAUGCUUUUUACUUUCACGUUGACUGGGCCCCAUUUAUAAUUAUCAGAAGUAUUUAUCAGUAUUAUAUCUGAAUUUAAUCGAAAUGAUAUGAGCGAGCAGGAGCGUCUGUUUGUGGGCGGGGCUUGCUGGAGCAGAGAGGGAGGGGAGAGGAGGAGCUGAGGGGAAAAAUGGUUGGGAGGGUCAGUGUUUACAUUCAAGAUAGGGAACCGAAGCCACGCCCACUUCCGCGUUAGCGCUAUAGGUCCUAUUGGGAUAAUAGGAGUGAAUGGACAGGUCUAUGGUAUUUUCUGGUCCGCUUUGUUUUACACCCUGAGUCACAAAUAUGUUGUAUUUUAACUUAAAUGAUAACCAUUAAGGUAAAUAAAGGCUAUGUUUGUUGUGUAAUUGUUGAUCUAUUUGUCUUUGAAAACACGUAAAUGGAGAGACUACAGACCUCAAGAAGUCGCGUAAAUGACGUCACGUCAGUAUUUCUACUUCUAGCUAGCUGACAACUCCUGUCAACUCGUUAUCAUUGCCAAAAUGCCCGUGUGUUUUGUGCCAGAAUGUCACCAUAAUAGUUCAGCAGGAUGUUCCAGGAUGUUUUCACCACGUUUAAUACUCUUUCCUUCAUCCUGGAAGAAGGACGUGAAACUUGCCAAAGUCACCGCCAUCGUCGUCUGUCAAAGCUUAGACAGUGACGCAAAAAUAGUGCGACGAGCAGUGUAGUUCAUUACGUGGUCUCACUCUAAAUUAAACUGUAGUUAUAGCAACAUGUCUAAAAUCACGGCUUUUUCGAGGUUAAAAUGUAAAUUUAAACAUGAUAAACAUUUUAUGUGAAAUGUGUAGGGGCUUCGGUUCCCUAUACCAAAGCGGACCAGUAGUUAUAUAUAUCUGUCCAUUCAUUUUGAUGGGCUCCAUAGGACCGUAUGCUAACCCGGAAGUUAGCAUGACUUCGGUUCCCUAUUCUUCCCAAAAACUGAGAGGUGACCAGAUGCAGCGCAAGAUGGCGGACCCAAAGAUAGAAAACCACAUUUACAAAACGCAAUAAGUUUCUCCGAUUGGCGGACCCAAAACAAUUACUUCCGGUGGAAAGGCUUUCUCGUUGGCGGACUUCCGGCGCCGAAAUACUUCAGGUAGUCGGAUUUAGUCGCCGGAUCCUUUUUUUUUUGCUCCGUUCAUUCCAUAAGAAUCGAAUUAAAUUUAUUAUUGAGCUAAAAAUCAAAAUAAAACGUUUAUGUAUUAACUAUGACUACUGUUUUGUUCUGAUUUAAUUCUGAAGUUUACAGUAAUAUGUAUAUAUAGCCUGAUGUCCUCAUAUUCUGAUAAUUUGUCAGAAUAGGUAAAUGUAUGUAGAAGUUAUCAUCUUACUCAAAUUCUUUUGUAAGAGUUUGCUACAAGUAUGGACUGUUUUAACCUCUCGUUACACAUCAUAUAACAGUGUUUUCUAACUUUUCUCUCCAAUAGCUUUAUUACACAGCACAUCAAUGUUUCUUAACUUCUCUGUGACCUUGUUUCUCCACUCCUAUUAGGACCUUGUUUAAUGUCAACAAUGUUGCCCUGACCCUCACAUAUUUUCUGUUGUUCAUAAUUAUGUUUUAUGAGAGUGCUUAUGUUGCUGCACAAAUUUACUCCCCCAUCCUUUAGUAACAUUGUGUAACCAGGGACAUAAUUUAUGAAAUGGUGUGCUUCCUGGUGAACCUCUUCAGGAUUGCUUGACUGUGCAAAAUCCAAGUAUACAAUAGUUGUAGAGACAAGUCACAUGAUCUCUUUAAGGUUCAGAAGAGCCAUAUAGCAAAAACAAUUGAAUAGCGAUAUCAUUACAGACUGUGUAAAGAAAUGGGAAAUUGUCAUACAACUGCUUUGAAGAUUUCUUUAAUUUUUUCCAAACAAAAUUGUGAACAGUAAAAAAAAAUAUAUAUAUACAAAAUUCAGCACUGCCGUCGGUGUGGUGGGGGGCUUAAAACAUGUUGCCACAGGCCAUCAUCAGCUCUGCUCUGAACCAGUUGAUGCCAUGCUCCUUCAGUGCUUUGAUCAAAAGCUGAAAAACAGUCAAAUAAUGUGAACAAUUGAAGUUAUGCAGUAUGGGUUAAUUGUUGUUCUUGAGCUUUCCAAAUGAAUAAGAACAACCUCUUAACAAUAUCAUCAAUUUUCAAAGCAAGCUAUAUAGUUUGAUCUACUCACCUCUGGGAGCAUGACGUCAAAAACGAAAUCAAGCAGAUAAAUCUCGCCUCUCUUUAUUUUUUUAGAAAUGUUUGUUGCCACCUCAAUGAACCGCAGGAGCUCGAACAUCUAUUGAAGAAAAACACAGAAAGUAAACACCUUUCAAAUGUAACACCCCUGAGAGUAAAAAUACUCAUGAUGGAUGGCAUUUUUACUUACGCGCUGCUCACUCCAACUUAGUGUCCUUAUCUUAAGAUGCUGCUUUAGUCGGAGUGAGGUGGCGGGAUUCCUCCAAAGGAACAUUCUGUUGGAGCGGAUCUUUCCAGACAGUAGAUCAUCGUGUAAUGUCUGAAACCAAAGAGCAAGAGACAAAAAUGUAAUCAUCUGAAAAAGAAACGGUGGCUUUAACAACUGAUAGUGCAUUCAAAAGCAACCUUGAUCUGUGUCUUAGAAAAGACAGCAUGAAUUCCUCAACUGUCAACAGCAUCCUUGAUCCUGCAGAGAAAUAAGAAAAGAGCAAGCCCUCAUUUUUUCAUCCUUUGAGCCUCGUAUUUUUGACUGAUACUAUGUUUCCUUGAUAAAUUAUGUUAUACCGAGGAUGCUCAAUGGAGUCCUCGCACCCGCAGUCAAACGGCUCCAUUUCAAUCCCAGCACAAUCCUGAUGCAGCCAGCCCCUGCACGUCUUGCACUGGACCCAUUGUAUGACGUUUACCUCAGGGUAAAGCAAUCUGAUCAAAUGAGAGACAAACAUAAUAUUAAACAAACACGCUGUCCAAUUGAUUAUACCUCUGCAGCACAUUUGAAUGUAUAAAUAAUUUUCCUGCAUGAUUCGUGCAUUUAAACUAUAUGUAAAAGUGGUCACUUCAUGGAAAAUCACUGAAUAGGCCCCGAUAAUUGCAUUUAUUAAAUUGAGUCUGCAACACACCUCUCUCCUGUGUUGUUCGAUGUCUGGUAGACACAGAAUUGCAUUGAAUCUGCCAUGCACAUUCUUUGGACAUCCGAUACCGUCUGUGUCAUGGUUUCCUUGACAAGGCAAUUUGAAAAGUAACAUCAAUUACCAAAUACAUCGAGACGAUGUUGAUCCAUACAACUGUGUGCAUUUUGAAGGACUCCCACUGAGAUAAUACUGUUUUUACAAGGCAAUUUUCUAACCUCUAUGUCCUGCUGCUCUGCCUUCCUCUUUAGACUGAAGACCGGAGUAUGCUUUCCAGCAAUGAGCUCUUGACAUUCUUUGGUCCAGUGGGCGAAGAUUUUCCCACAACUGUAAUGACAAUAUGUCUUUGAGUACAAUAUAUUGAUUGUCUUCCAGUUAAUUAGGACAUCUAGUUUACUUAAACUGUCUACCUGUUCAAAGAAUUGUUCUCCAGGAGCAACAGGCACCACCAUCGCCGCCAAACAGGCAUGUCAUGCUGAAAUUGUUGUUUGUAUUUCAUUUUAGUGCACAAUACAAAAUACAAUCUUGAGGAUGACACUGCGUGUUGAAAAGUACUUACAACUGAGUAGUCAAACUGUGACUCCAUAACGAUGUACAUGGCAGACUUAAAAAAAAAAAUUAUGAGACAACAUGUGAGAUAACUUUAAAAAAGUCCAUGUUGGAAAGUUAUUCUAGAUACAAUAUUUGUGCAUUACAGCUCGUUAUGACCUACCAUCAACAUGAAUAUGCCACAGUCUGAGCCGAAGUCCUGGCUGGGGAAGCCCUGAUUUAACAAAAGCAAACGUUAAUCAUCUUGUCACAUACACUUUGUAGGAGCCAGAUUGGGGUUUUGCAGUUUAUUGUUAUGUAUUUUUUGUGCCAGCAGAUGGUGCUAUUGUGCCUGUCUAUUUAAUGGGUGGGUUGAUUAGGAGAGGUGCGCACAUAAAAUGAUGAAUGAGUAAAUAAAUCAAAACAACAGAAAAUGUGUGUGACAUGUGACAUUAUUCCACCUGCGGGCACGCAUCAACUCAAGCAAAAAGGUGUUCGCCACAAGUAACAGCAUUGGAAAGCUGUUAUACACUUUUCAACUGUAAUAUAGAGCAUGCACAAAUACCUCCAAAUCUCUGCCCGUUUUCUCAGUCCAUUGCCCAGGACAUAUCUUCUGCGCAAUGUUCCUGUUAAUUUGAGAGCGUCACUUAGAUUUCCCAUGAUGGAAACAAUGGAAUGCAGGGUUAGGGUUAGUUUGAGUGGUCGGAGGUGAGAUUGAAUGAAUGCGGACGGCUUGCUUCUUUUCAAACUUCCUGAGAGUUCUUCUUCUUCUGUAAAUUUUGCCGUCAGAAAGUGUAGGUACAUACCGCCACCUACUGUUCUGGCAUCGCAAAGCAGAAGUUCAAAGUUCAUGUUUUGGGUCCGCCAAUCGGAGGUAAUGCGGAAACUUAUUGCGUUUUGUAAAUGUGGUUUUCUAUCUUUGGGUCCGCCAUCUUGGCGCUGCAUCUGGGUACUCUUGCAAAAACUGGCACUUCCUCAGAUCCUGCCUACCCCACCUUCAACUAUGACCCUAAAGAACCAAUAAUUGGAGGGUCUGCUCUGCCAGAAACAUGGUGGAAAAAAAUGUGGCCACUUAAGUGUAGGUACCCUUCAUUUUUUGAUAGAAAUUUUUAGCAAAAUCUUAGAACACAUUUCUACAUGAUUUUGAACCAUUUUGAUGCCAAAAAAAAGGCUGUCUUUAAAAACUUUUUUUUAGUAUUUUCAUCUUUACUUCAUUAGUAAUCAACUAUUUAUGCCAUUCUUUUCACCAAGCAGUAUUCUCAUUCCACAGAAAAAAAAAAUCCAAAUCCAACCCAAAUCAUUGGAUCUGUGGUGAUUUCACUACUAGUUGGCAAUAAACAGACUCAGAACCUUAACAGACUUCUCUCUAAAAUUCCAUAAGACAUAGGCCUACAGAUAUUUAACAUGGCUGUUGACAAUUAUUACAACUUUCACAGAACAGAAUUUUUUUUAACAUAAUUAACAAGGUUCAGUUCCCUGUGGGGUGGCAUAGUCAGGAGGGUGACACAUUGCAGAUACUUCUGAACAGGUAGGAAGAUAUCCAUUGUCUUCAUCCAUGGCUCCUGAAGUCUAUCCAUGUGUGUGAUGUAGUACAUGCACAUCAUGAUCACAUCUGUUCGGAUGUUCAGGAAGAGGUUAUAACAGCAGUGCGACGAUACAUGAUGUCACUCUAUGCAACUCGCAACUGCACUGCAAGCCCAUAUCUCGGUGAAGACAUGGAUAUCUUCCUACCUGUUCAUGCUGUUGAAGGAGACAUUUGUUGCCUUUCACUAACUGAAGAUGCAUUACUAUUACACCUUCGUCGAGCCAUGCAUCAGUUGGCUGUGUGUAAGCGGGCACACAUGGUUAAGCCAACCUGCCCAGCUGCCACUGAUUUUGGGAGACACCUUGUCAAUGGCAAGUUUGUGGCAACCAUGAUGCAGAAAGAGCCAAAACCCCCUGAGUUCAAACACAGUGUGUGUGUGUGUGUGUGUGUGUGUGUGUGUGUGUGUGUGUGUGUGUGUGUGUGUGUGUGUGUGUGAGUGCGCGCGUGUGUUAGAGAGAGAGGGAUGGGGGUGCAUCUUUUAUCACAAUGCUGUAUUAACCCACCCUGCAGGUCUUGUCUCCUCAGGUAGUGAGGAUGGAGGUCUGCCUCCAGAGCAGUAUCUGCAGUGUGCCACCUUCCUGACUGUCCAGCCCCACAGGGACCUGAACCUUGUUAAUUAAGUUAUGUUAAAUAAUUCUGUGUCGUUAAAGUUGUAAUAAUUGUCAUCUCAGUGAUGCUUUUGAUACGGUCUAUCACUGUAUCCUCCAUGAUAGACUAAAACAUCACUUCUGCAUCUCGGGCACGGUGCUGCUGUGGCUGAAGUCUUACAUGUCAAAUAGAUCUCAGCGUGUUCUGUUCAAUAAGGUUCUAUCUAAGCCUUGUGAAGUCAGGCAUGGUUUGACCACUUGGUCAACUACUACAUUUUUUGGGAUUUGUGUUUCACUGUUAUGCAGAUGAUUUACAAUUAUACAUGUGUGACAAACUGUGACAAUGGGCCUAACUUAUCAAAACUUCAGGUCCCUCUGUCAGCUGUUAGGAACUGGUUUUCAGAGAAUUUUUUGUUCCUUAACUCUGCAAAGACAGAAAUGAUAUUCAUUGCACCACAGAAGUGGCAUCAUCUGUUUGAAAAUGUUACUCUUUCUCUGGAAUAUCUUGUAGUGUGUUGUACUGAUAAAACGAAAAAUCUUGGGUUUAUAUUUGAUGAGACUCUUGUUUUUGACAAACACAUCAAUGAGACGUCAAAGGUGGCAUUAUUUCAUCCAAGAAGGAUUGCUGAGAUCAGACAUAUCCUGUCUGACAGAGAUGCAGAAGUCCUCAUUCAUGCAUUUGUAACAUCUCACCUGGAGUAUUGCAAUGCGGUUCUGUCAGGACUGCAGAAUAAAAAUUUUGGGGUCUUGCAGAUGGUGCAAAACACUGCUGCUCUAAAUGCUUCUAUGAAUAAGAUUAUUAUUAUUGUUAUCAAUAUUAUUAUUAGUAGUAUUUUUAUUAUUUUCUGAGGCAAUAAAAUAAUGACAGUGGUUAGGGUUAUAUUUCUUGUGUGACACGUUUCCAUCAAAAGAACAGGGCUAUGUUGAAAUUAAAAAGAUACCUAGGCCAUGAUGUUUACUAAAAUGGACAGGAACAGGCAUGUUAAAUAUCUGUAGGCCUACGUCUUACGGAAUUUUGAGAGUAGUCUAAAAUUCUGUUGAGAUUCUGAGCCUGUUUAUCGCCAACUAGUGGUGAAAUCAUCACAGAUCCAUUGAUUUUGGUUGGAUUUGUACAUUUUUUUCUGUGGAAUGAGAAUACUACUUGGUGAAAAGAAUGGCAUAUUAACUGAUGUCAAACUUAGGGGAAUAGUUAAUUGUCAGUGAAGUUGAGAUGAAAAUACUGGAAAAAGUGAAAAAACGCCUUAUUUUUUUCUGCAUUAAAUUGAUCCAAAAUCAUGGAUCAUUAUGGAUCAAAUCAUUUUUUACUGAAUGUUGUCACCACAUGUACUCUGUGCACUUGUAAUGCAUCUAUUGACGGCUAACCCAACCCAUUAAGGACCUGAGGAAAAUUUUCAUUUUGCAAAAGUUUUUAUCAAGAAAUGAAGGGUACAUACACUAAAAUGGCCACAUUUUUUUUCACGGUGCUUCUGGCAGAGCAGACCCUCAAACUUUUGGUUCUUAGGGUCAAAGUUAACAGAAACAACACUGAUAAAAAAGUAUAACAGACCAUGUCAGGUUCAACCCAUUUUUGAGACUUUGGCUCCCUAACUAUUAGCAAUGAAGAGGAGUAGUUGUCCCAUGUUAAAAUAUACCAUUUUAACUGUAGUGCAAUAUAUACUCAGAUGAUUAACUUAAGUAUCGGUGUCAAUAACACAAUGUAAAGGCUGUACUAAGGGAAGAAACCCUGCAUUUUAAUUAGGGUUGCACAAUUAAAUAAAUCACAAAUGUCUACGGCAAUUUUCACAGGAAGGUGUAAUAUUUGUGUGUUAAAAUACAUGUCAUGCUGCAGAAAUAUCAUCAAAUAUCAUAUCAUAUGAGAUCAUAUAUUACAGACAUAAUACAAAUUUGUUUGGUAUAAAUCCCUCCCAGAAAUCUCAAAAUAAUUCUAUUAAUAUUUUUCAAUUCAUUACCACUUACUCCAAAUCAUAAAUCAUCGAUCAAUUGCAGUAUCAGUUAAAAUAAUAACAAUUUGAUAUUUAUUCCAAACUGUGCCUCUAUAUUUAAAAUCCUGCUACCAGCUGAAGUCACUAAGGUUAUGAUCCCUUCUUGCAGAAAAUUGGAUGGCCACUGAUAUAUUUUAAAAAGUAACAUAGUACAUUACUUUGUUACUUCUUAUGUCUUCUUAUGCUUCUUAUGUCAAUGCAUAAGAAGCAUUUUAUCAUUGCAUGUGCUGAACAUGGAGCGAGUUUGCUUCACUUUAUGGGGUUAUAAAAUAAGUGUUAGGGGAUUAUAAACUAAUAAAAAGAUACUUAGUAUGUUCAUUUGCACUGCUAUCAGUUAAAAUAAUAAAUGUUCCUUUGUUAUACAUUCACUUCUUUAAUUCGUCCCUCUGUUCUUUCUCCUAACACCGAAAAACUUUGACGCAUUCCCAUAGCUCUGAUGCUGCAAAUACACUUUUAACUUAACAGCAAAGCUCUCACAGGUUGGUACAGACCCCAGUAUGAUAGCUCCAUGUGUUUUUGUUUUUUUUGUUUGUUUGUUUAUUUCUUUUAUGAGAACAGAUUUACAUAACUGUUAUUGGCUGGCCUGUGUUACUUAGGCCCCCUUUUUAAAAAAGGCUUAUUGCCAUUUCUAUUCAAUCCAAUUAUUGUGAAGAAAAAUAAUAGAUUUUGAGACCUAUACCUGCCUCUGUAUCAUUUAACCAUAGGUCAGUGAGGAAAACAGAAAGAGUGACAAGGAGGAGACAGACGAGCAGAGCAAGGAGUGAGAGAGAUGCUGUUGCUCUGUCUCAGACCCAUACUGUGGGAUGCUAUUGGAUUCCAUGGGGACGAGGUCUUGGAGUGAGAUCGGUGAGCCAGGACUCAUGCAUCACUAGACCACCAUCCACUUCUCCAGAGCAUCAGGUUCAAUCUCCGUCAUCCUGCUCCCACCAUGGUCAGCCAUCUUGUCGGAUCUUACAGGAAGCUCAGAAGUUCCAGAUCUCCCGCCAUGGGAGCUUCUGUUCCGAAGACUCCUGCAUGAGCAGCCGAGCAACUGCAGAGGCUGAUGGCAUUUUGAGCUGUAAACACUCCAGCCUACCUAUUGGGAGAUACCAGGGGGAGUUUCAUUUGGCAAGAUCUCAGGAGAGUGCCAGCAAUGCCGUGUAAGUUUACCACACAAGUAUUUUUAGCUUGGGUUGAAGAUUUAAGGGCAAAACAGAUUUUUCAGACAUUAGCCUUAUAAAACUUUUCAAUAAUAUGCCCCUGAUUUCUUAUUUAUCUUAAAUGGGAUUUUUCUUGGCCUUCCUCUUCUGUCUCUCAGCUUACACUGAAGUUCUGCAGGUAUUGUUCCUUCUGAUUUUCUUUGUACCUUUUUUUUUCACCUGUUAACAUGAAUAGAGAAAUUAAUAUUUAUAACAGAAACAGAACUUCAUUUUACUCUGAUUUCCAAUGAUUAGGGUGUGAAGUCUUGGUAUUAAAGCACUGGUUGAAAUCUAUUGAUUGAUAAUUACAGUAUCAUAUCUCAUGGCUGAGUUGGGAGGACAGCUUUUUGUGACAGCUUCGUAGUAACAGCAACCUAAGUUCUUUCUUAUUGAGAAUCUGUUGAUACUACAAAAAGUUGGGAAAUUGUGAUAAACGUAAAUAAAAACAGAAUACAAUGAUUUGCAAAUUCUUUUUAACCUAUAUUCAAUUGAAUAUACUACAAAGACAAGAUAUUUAAUGCUCAAACUCAUAAACUUUAUUUUUUUUUUUUGCAAAUAAUUAUUUAUUUUAGAAUUUGAUGGCAGCAACACGUGACAAAGAAGUUGUCACUAGAAGAAAGAAGUUGUCUGUAGAAGAAAAAUACUGAGAAAUUUGAGGAAUGCUCAUCAAACACCUAUUUGGAACAUCCCACAGGUGAGCAGGCUAAUUGGGAACAGGUGGGUGCCAUGAUUGGGUAUAAAAGCAGCUUCCUCAAAAAUUCUCAGUCAUUCACAAACAAGGAUGGAGCAAAUAGUCGAACAGUUUAAGAACAAUGUUUCUCAAAGUACUAUUUCAAGGAAUUUAGGGAUAUUAACAUGUAUGGUCCAUAAUAUCAUCAAAAGGUUCAAAGAAUCUGGAGAAAUCACUGCACAUAAGCGGAACAGCCGGAAACCAACAUUGAAUGCCCGUGACCUUCGAUCCCUCAGGUGGCACUGUAUCAAAAACUGACAUCAGUGUGUAAAGAAUAUCACCACAUGGGCUCAAGAACACUUCAGAAAACCACUGUCAGUAAAUACAGUUUGUUGCUACAUCUGUAAGUGCACGUUAAAACUCUACUAUGCAAAGUGAAAGCCAUUUAUCAACAACAUCCAGGAAGGCGCCGGCUUCUCUGGGCCCAAGCUCAUCUAAGAUGGACUGAUGCUUAAUGAAUUAAUUUUUCAAUUCAAUUAUUUUAUUCGAUUAGCAUUUAAAAUCCACCCACAACAGAUACAUAGUAAAUUUCAAAAGCAUCAUAAAGCUAAUCGAAAAGGUGUAGGCUGAAGCUCAUGCUUAUUUUGCCUACCCUUUUUACAAAAAAAACAAAAACUUUAGCAAGGCGACUCUUUAACUACAUGGUCUGAGUUACACCACAAGUCUUCUAAAGAAAAGGGAAAAAGAAAGAGAGAAAAGAUAAAUUCUCAAAAACAUGUUAGAAAAUAAAUAAACCAACAAUAUUCCGUAACAAGUAUACAAACAGACACAACCAAAAAUUUCAAUAUUUUGUUAUUGCACUUCUUCAUACCGGAUUUACAUAUUUUCUUAUUGCUUUAGUUUUAUACAUGUUCUUAAAUAAGGAAAGUGAACUACACAUUCUUAAUUCAUCAUCACAGCUAUUCCACAAAUUAACACCUCUAACAGAAACACACCUCUGCUUAAUAUUCGUUCUUGUCUUAGUUGGACUGAUGCAAAGUCAAAAAGUGUUUUGUGGUCUGAAGAGUCCACGUUUCAAAUUGCUUUUGGAAAUAGUAGACGUUGUGUCCUCCAGUCCAAAGAGGAAAAGAACCAUCCGGACUGUUAUCAACGUAAAGUUCAAAAGCCAGCAUCUGUGAUGGUAUGGGGGUUGCAUUAGUGCCCAAGAGAUGGGUAACUUACACAUCUGUGAAUGCAACAUUAAUGCUAAAAGGUACAUACAGGUUUUGGAGCAACAUAUGCUGCCAUCCAAGCAAUGUCUUUUUCAUGGAAGCCCCGCUUAUUUCAGCAAGACAAUGCCAAGCCACAUUCUACACGUGUUACAACAGCGUGGCUUUGUAGUAAAAGAGUGUGGGUACUCGACUGGCCUGCCUGAAGUCCAGACCUGUCUCCCAUUGAAAAUGUGUGGCGCAUUAUGAAGUGUAAAAUACGACAACGGAGACCCCGGUCUGUUGAACAACUGAAGCUGUACAUCAAGCAAGAAUGGGAAAGAAAGCUUCAACAAUUGGUCUCCUCAGUUCCUAAACGUAAAUUUAGUCUUGUUAAAAUGAAAGGUGAUGUAACACAGUGGUAAACAUGCCCUUGUCCCAACUACUUUGGCACGUGUUGCAGCCAUGAAAUUCUGUUUUAAUUAUUUUUUGCAGAAAAAAAAGUUCGUGAGUUGAACAUUAAAUAUCUUGUCUUUUGUAGUGUAUUCAAUUGAAUAUACUGUAGGUUGAAAAGAAUUUGAAAAUCAUUGUAUUCUGUUUAUCACAAUUUCCCAAAGUUCAAUGGAAUUGGGUUUUGUAGAUUGAAAUUCAUUUUUGUAUAAAGUGCACACAGAUUUAAGUAUUUAAAAUUUAUGGUAAUAAUGCAUAAUGAAUUUCCCUUUGCAGAUCAAUGAAGUUCUUGUAUUGUAUAGUAUCUUAGAAAAUAACUAUCACUCUAAAAUAGUUUGGAUUUUGAUAAACCAGAAAGUAAGUGAACUGGGAGAAAAAAGAAGCCAUUUCUGUCAUGAGACUAAUUUAUCACCCUCUAAUGUCGGGAUUUGCUGAUUUGGCAGUUAAUCUCUCCACUUUGCAGCAGUUAUGUACAGACAUGUGAAACCAUGGUUGAUGCAGGGUGUGUUAAGAGUGAACUUUAUAAAUUUAGACAAUUUUAAUUCUGAAAGCCUUUAUGUAUUUUUUACUAAGAUGGUGGUUCUUUUUGGAUCACUAGGAGGCUGCAGCAUAUCCUGGAGGAGCUGGUGUUAACAGAGAGAGAGUAUGUGCGCUCACUAGGUUACAUCCUUACCCACUACCUCCCCCUACUGGACAAACCAGACAUUCCCCAGGACCUCAGAGGAAAGCGCAGUGUCAUAUUUGGAAACUUGGAGAAGCUUUUUGAUUUCCACAGCCACUAUUUUCUGCCAGAGCUGGAGGCCUGUCAAAGGGAACCGGCCAUGGUGGCCCGCUGCUUCCUCAGACACGUGUGUGGUUUCUUUACAUGAAAAAAGAAUACAAAAUAUGUUAUAUCUUGAUUGUACAUGAUGUAGGAUAAAUAUAAUGAUGGAUACAUGAAGCCAAAUAUCUUUUGUUUUAGCUUGAUUUCUCCUAUUUUUAAUCCAAUCAUGAUAUUAUCUUAAAAACAACUGUAAAGAUAAUUAGUUAAAGGUGGGGUAGGCAGGAUCUGAGGAGGUGCCAGUUUUUGUGGGAAAUCUUGAAUGUAAACUCUACCCAUCCCAACCAGUUUUCCACUCAGCUCCUGCUCUGCCCUCCCUCUCUGCUCCAGCAAGCCCCGCCCACAAACAGACGCUCCUGCUCGCUUGUAUCGUUCCAGUUAAAUUCAGAUAUAAUGCUUAUAAAUACUUCAGAUAAUUACAAAUGGGGCCCAGUCCACGUGAAAGUAAAAAAGCAUUGGGUGCUACUGAAGAUGCCAACAGACUACCAGCAAACACUCUGGGCUCUAUUUUCGUGUCCGCCAGGGACGCGGCAGAGGGUGGCAGACCCCGUGCAGUGGUAUUUUCGUCUGGCAGAGCCCGGUGUUCAGCCAGUUAGGUAUUUUUGUAGACUGAGGCACACAGAGCUGGGCGUGGUGGCGUGGCAGGGGGAAGUGUCGACAGAAUCAGCUGGCGCGGUGACAUUUUCGUGCUCGCUGGUGGUGUGUAAAGUGCGCUGAAAGCUCGCCGAUUCAAACCUGGUCAGCUUUCAGUGCAGACGGAGCGCAGCUGGUCAAGUGGUAUUUUGGUAGACCGGCAGCGUAUCGGCAUUUCCACAGUGUCAGGCACAUUUCUGUGCAAUAAAUAAUCAUCAACUAAUAAUCUGAGUCAGCACAUACAUUUAGAUCUAUAUAGAUAUAUUCAACACACACAACCUGAGUCUCCGGUGUUUAGUUCGUUUUCUUGCUUGUGUCGACAGUCAUGGCUAAAGGAGGAUUAAGACAAUUUUCUGUACUUUCUGGUUGGUUUCUACUGUCUGAUAUUGUAACUUUGUUUGGGCUCCUGAACGACAUGGGGGAGCAGCGUCUGUCAACUAAUAAGCACUGAGGAGCAGCGUCCACCUCACAACCAAUCAGGAUAGGGGAGGCGGGGAAUGGCUUUGUUUACAGUCAGAAAGAGUGGAGCACUUUGAAAUUUUAAAAUGUUGACUACACAGACAUAACAAAACACAGUGAUAUUGUUAUAUUACCAAAUGUCAUCAAUGACUAAUAGCUAUUGACUGAUAUUAAAACCUUUUUUGUAUAUAUACAACAAAAAUGAUGCUUCUUUAACGGAUUCCUGCCUAACCCACCUUUAAUCACUGAUGUGAAAACUUUCGGCUCAAAUACCACAAACUUGUUUACGCUUUAUCAUCAGAUGUGAUGAAACCAGAAUUUGUUGUGUGUGUGGGUAAAGCCAUUCCUUUACAAUAAAAAAAUAGAAGAACUUAACUUUAGAACUUAAAUUUUCAUAAAUGUCUUAAUUUUAAUCCACAGAGUGACAGUUUUGGCCUGUAUGCAUUGUACAGCAAAAACAAACCUCAGUCAGACGCCCUGAUCCUGUACCGUCGUCAUGACAUCUUUAAGGUCAGUUUAGGUCCUUCUUUUAACAGAAGCAGCUGAGUAGAAGAGUUUGUCACUAUAUCUGAUUCAGACUAAUGUUUCAAAUUCUCCUUUUGCUGAAAAGAAAACUUCCCAGACUCUUUUGCAGAUGACAUACCUUCAUUUAACAUUAUGGGAUGUUUCAUAUGUAAAUCAGAAUGCCAAGUAAAUUUAACCAUAACCCCUAUCUUAACCCUGGAAGUUUUCAGCUACACAGACUUUCUUUGUUUUCAAUCACAGAGAAAGCAACAGGAGCUUGGAGACAUGAUGGACCUGUCAUCCUACCUGCUGAGGCCAAUCCAGCGGAUCAGCAAGUACAGCCUCCUGCUGCAGGACAUGCUGGCCCUGGCUGGCUCAUACAGGCGAAAGGACAUUAUCGAAGAUACCCUGUACACUGGUGUGAGUACACAGAAUGUGUGCAGCCCAGUUGCCUACGUGCCUGAUCAGACAAGUAGUCAAAAGGAGCGAGAGAAGGCUGAGAUCCGAGCUGCGGCAGACCUGGUUCGGUUUCAAAUGCGCCAUGGCAACGAUUUGCUCACCAUGGAUGCCAUUCAGGGCUGCGAUGUAAGAUAUAAAGAUGAUAGGUAAUAUACCUGAUACACAGAAUAAAAUUCAAGGUAACUGUAAGUCUGCUGUACUGCUCUGUGUACUUUCAGGUAAAUUUGAAAGAACAGGGCCAGCUGAUUCGCCAGGACGAGUUCACAGUUCUAUUUAGGAAGAAGAAAUGUGUCCGCCGUGUUUUUCUCUUUGAAGAUCUUAUCCUCUUCAGCAAGACCAAAAGGACAGAUAUUGGCAAUGACGUGUACGUCUACAAGCAGUCAUUCAAGGUCUGCACACAUUCUUGUUUAUCAUGAGAUCGUACUACUCUACCAUUUAUUGAGUUUCAAUGGUAACUGACAUUCUGAAGUGCAGAUAAUGAAUUUCACUUUGGUCAUUUGUGUCUUUGUGUUUUCUCUCUCAGACGUGUGACAUCGGGAUGACCCACAAUUCAAACGUGAGUGGUUUGUGUUUUGAGAUCUGGUUCCGUAGGAGAAAAAGUGAGGACACCUAUACCUUAAAGGCCUCUAGCAUGGAGGUGAAGAAAGCCUGGACUACCGACCUGGAAAAGAUACUUUGGGAUCAAGCCACUCACAGUAGAGGUUUUAACAAAAUCUCAGCAAAGCAUUUUUUUAAACCCUAGUGCGCAAGACUUUAUUUUAUAAAGGACUUUACAUGUUUAUAAAAUUAUAAAAUUUAUAAUGAAUAAACCAUAUGUUGCAGAGCUGCGUUUGCAGGAGAGGGUGUUUAUGGGGACCGGCUGCAAACCAUUCAUGGACAUUCAACCUAGUGAGGCUGCUAUCUGUGACCGGGCUGUCAGCUAUGUUCUCCCCGGGAAAAGUAAGGACAUUCAGUGUCUUUUCUUUAUUUUUUUAUAUCAAUAUUUACAUUGUGGAUUAUCACUGAAGGCAUCAAAACUGUGAAUGAACACAUGUAGAAUUUUGUACUUAUAAAAAAAGUGUGAAAUAACUGAAAAAAAUGUUUUAUAUUCAAGUUUCUUUAAAGUAGCCACCCUUUGCUCUUGAUGACAGAAGUACUCAGUAGUAACCCUGACAAGGCACACCUGUGAAGUAAAAACCAUUUCAGGUGACUACUUCACGAAGCUCAUUGAGAGAACAGCAAAAGUUUGCAGCGCUAUCAAAAUAGCAAAGGGUGGCUACUUUGAGGAAUCUAAAAUAUAAAACAUGUUUUCAGUUAUUUCACACUUUUUUCUUAAGCACAUGAUUCCACCUGUGUUCAUUCAUAGUUUUGAUGCCCUCAGUGAGAAUGUACAAUUUCAAUAGUAAUGAGAAUAAGGAAUAGAUAGAUAGAUAGAUAGAUAGAUAGAUAGAUAGAUAAUUUACAUUUAUGAGAUACAUUUAAUUUCCUUUCGGGGAUCACUAAAGGUCUUCUACAUAAGUAUUUAUAUAUAUAUAAUUUAUUUUUUACUAAAAGAUUAUAUAAUCAACAAAAUGUAGCAGUACAGACAUUUUUGGUUUUAAUGGGAUAUUAUGGGCCCCUUACUAUACCCUUUACAUUAACAUGUGUUUUAUGCCAAGAGCUUUAAGUGUAAUAUCGUAACCGUUGUAUGGGUUUCCAUGAAGUCUAGCCAACAAAAGUACGUCCUGCUGUGGACUUUGUCACUAAUAAUUAUGUUUACAUUAAUUUUUUGCAUUGUUUUAAUUAAAGAAGUGAACAUAGAAAACAAAAUAAUACAGGAAAACAAGCAAGCCAGUGUUCUAAGCUUUUACAGCUGCUUAUGUGUGUACUGGUGUUACAAUAAAGUUAAACUCAGCACAGCCUCACAGUGUGCAUAGUUGUCAUGGAUAAAGAGUCUUGAUUCCUCUUUUAUGCAUAUUCCUCUUAGACCCUGUUUACCAAUUUCAUAUUUUUAAAACUUUUUUGUUAUUCGAGCCAAAAAAUACACUAUUAACACGGUUAAACAGUUUUUUUUUUCUUUCCUAAAAUCACUUUACAGUCAUGCUUAUACCCUCAUUGUUAACUGACCUAGCCCAUUAUUUUCUGCUGUAAUCUAUCUGUGUGUCGUCAGUUCCUGUGGCCUGUUGUUCACACAGGGGCUUAGAAAAUCCUCGGCCACACUCGAUAGGCUCUGGUAGUACUGCCUCGACCACAGUCAGCCAGUCAUCUUCCUCAUCUGGACGGGGUUCGCUGCCCCCUGCUGGAUAUCUUGGGAACCAGUCACAAGGAGUGGAAUCAGGUCUUGCUGGCUGCUCCUCCCCUGAGGCUGUGGGUGAUAAUGAACUCAGCAAUUAUCAUCCUCAACACCAUCAUCUUCAUCAUAAUAGUGAACACCGGAAAACUCAUCCUCUAGGUGUGUUUUAAUUUGUUUAAUUUUUAUGUGAAUACUCAUGGUAUAGGUCUGUUCAAAUUUUGAUCCCAUUUUGACAUUUUAGCUUUUCUGUGAAAUUUGUGCUAUAGUGGACAGUACCAAACCACCUGGAGACAACAUCAACCACUUAAGCAGCUCCAACCGCAGCUGUCUGUCUGCAAUUGGUGGAGAAAUAGUGGACCUCUCCUCCUUGUUUCUAUCCCAGAAGUCUUUGCAGCAACCACCACUUUUGCAGAUGCCAGGCAUUGAUAAAAAUGGCUCACCAGCAGUUAUAAGAAAGAAACAAGGUGUCACUCUCAAAGUUCCACAUCUGGCUAAUGCUCAGUUACAGGUGAGGUGUAACUCUUUGACCUGGUGAUGCAGCAUUUGUUUUGUAAAUUAAACUGAAAGUCACAUUGUGUCAUCAAUAAUGUUAAAAUUACAAAGGUUUGGAAAGUGUCUUAGUGUGUUAGUAUGAAAUAAAGUUUGAGUCUUCUAUCAGUAUACAGCAUUGAUUUAAACACAAAGUUCUUUUUCUUUAUUAUGAUGGACUGUUUGAUAAUUUUUUGCAGAGUGAUGGUAGAAUAAUUGGAAAAUCUACGGAAGUAUAA